AUGAGAGGGCUGAAAGCUACCGCCGGCGACGAGCGCAGGAUGGUCCUGAGGUCUGCGAUCAGCAUAAUCUUUUUGCUGGUCCUCCUGUCCAAAAUGGCAAGCACAGGGCCGGAUUUAGGGAAGGGCAAACGGGGCUACUGGCCCCGGCUCAAAAGAGGGGAUCGAGACUUCGUGACAGUUUAUCGAGGAGGUGGCAUCUCGUACUUCGUGACAGUUUAUGGAGGAGGCAUCUGUUCAGCAGUGGACUCAAACAGGCUGAAA